GCUGUUCCCACAGUUUCUCGCGCAUUGUCCUGCGGUUCUCACGUGCGAGUGCACUUUUCCCGACCUAGUUGUGGCGGAGUAGUGCUGAGUUGGCCGCAGCGACGCGGCCCCGUGCAGUUAGAUCGAUCGCGAUCGUCUUCGAAGGGCGGCAGCAGGAACGUGACGUACGCGUAUCUGUGAUCGUAUUUCUACGAAUAACGCUCAUUAAUGUGCUCACUAAACUGUUGUCACAUUCCGCUGGCUGCUAUUCAAGUGCCUGCAAACUUUAACUGUUGCUGGUUCUGCUAGUGACUGGGUCUCUGCAGUGCUAUGGGACCGACCGGGCUCUCUCUCACCUCCUGCGCUCAGGAGACUGUGUAGAGACAGUGAUGUUCUCAGCGCUUGCCUACCAACUAUCUACUAAGUUUCUGGAAGAGCAGAAGUGUUCGCGGCUCUUGCCGAAGAAGCGGACGUGCACAAUGUCGAAGAGACCGGCGGCAGCGCCAACGCUGCACAAGGUGAUCAUGGUGGGCUCAGGCGGUGUGGGCAAAUCGGCGCUCACGCUGCAGUUUAUGUACGAUGAGUUCGUCGAAGAUUACGAACCUACUAAAGCGGACAGCUAUAGAAAAAAGGUGGUGCUGGAUGGCGAAGAGGUGCAGAUUGAUAUUCUGGACACGGCGGGUCAGGAGGACUACGCCGCCAUCCGCGACAACUACUUCAGGUCCGGAGAAGGCUUCCUUUGCGUCUUCUCCAUCACCGAGCCAGAGUCGUUCGACGCCACGCAGGAGUUCAGAGAACAAAUUCUCCGCGUGAAGAAUGAUGAAAACAUCCCCUUCCUGCUGGUGGGGAACAAGUCCGACCUGGCGGACAAGCGGCGCGUGCCGCUCGAGGCGUGUCGCGAGCGCGCCACGCACUGGCAGGUGCCCUACGUCGAGACUUCCGCGAAGACGCGCGACAACGUCGACAAGGUGUUCUUCGACCUGAUGCGCGAGAUCCGGUCGCGCAAGUCGGACGACAGCCGCGCCUCCAACGGCGACGUCAAGCGCAAGAAGCGCAGGAGAAUCAGGUGUAACAUAUUGUAGGCGCGCAAAGGCACACGCACGACGGAGACGACGCCGGCCUUCGUACUCAUCGCAUGACUUGACAAUGGCAGUUUUGUGAAUGGAAGUGGUCUAAAUGUAGCGAUGUUUCUUUUUCAAAUCAAAAAUUCAGUUUGCAAAAUGUUCGUUUUGAGUGUAACGAACUUGGCACUAAUCUGAAAAGAUUUUUUUACUAUGAUUUUUAAAGUGAAAAGGCUUCUACGACGAAAAUUGUCAUUUCAACUGUGGAGAUAGUACGAGCGGUGUCGCAGUGUUAGUGACAAGAGUGCAGUGUUGCCUCCUACCAUCUUCCUGUCGGCGCCUCGACGUGACGUCACUUUCCAUACAAACAGUGCACGCGGUCGCUGGACAACCAUAACUCAAAGUCCCGCCAAUAUUAAAUGUAAUCUACUAAAAACUAACGUACCUCACACACCGAGCACCCGUACAUCGCGUGUUAUGUAAUUUUUGUAUGAGAACCGCGCCGGGCUGCGCUUGGUGUGUUAAGUUCGUUAAAGUGACCAGCGUACGGACGAGUAACUGUCAAUAAUGUCAAGAUGGUUUUGACGCUUGACAGCUACAACCA